CAGACAUCUGCUGUGAACAGACGUCCGACUCAGAGCUCUCUUAUCACACAAAUACACAGACGAAAUCAUGUCUUCCAAGAUGGUCAUCAGGCAGCCUCAGCCUGUGAUGAUCCGAGAAUCUGAUGAGUGGGGAUCUGGGAUAUGUGAUUGCUGUGACGAUGUGCCAGAGUGUUGUUUUGCUUUCUGGUGCUGUCCCUGCUUUGCCUGUAUAACUACCAAGAAGUACGGCCAGUGUCUUUGUCUCCCCCUGCUGGAGAUCUUUGGCGGCUGCAUCCCUCCCAUCACCAUGUCCAUGCGGGUCUCCAUGCGGCAGCGUUAUGGCAUCAAAGACACCAUGUGUAGGGACUGUGCGUUUGCAACCUUCUGUACGUCCUGCAGCUGGUGUCAAAUGUCCAGAGAGCUGAAGAGAAGAGACAUUCAAGUCGUUCUAGUCAGCGCCAAGAACACAUGACUGCCCUCGCCUCACUCAUCACCAGCACCACGGCUGUCACGUUUGUAAGACACAAUCUGCUUCACCUGCUACUUCCACACGGACUGAUUGAUUAAAAAACACAUCACUGAAAGACUGAAAAACGUCAACAAAGUUACCACUGGUCAUAUGCAGCAGCAACUUUUCACUGGUGUAUAGGUUGUUCUUCAUGAGCAUUUAUUAACCAUGAAUUCCCCCAACCUGGAAUUCAGUUUAUCAGUGUAUUUCAUAGUUUAAGAUGUAAUUUCCGUGUACCAUGUUUAAUUUUUAGUUUAUUAUUUGCCAACCUGCUUCAUUAAUGGAUUCUUC